AUGGCAGACGCGCUGUGUCAGGGCUGCUGCGACGUCCGGGUCCACGCGACAAAGGGCGCAGCGAUGUGGGGGCCGGGGUGCACGCUGGCGGGCGUAGCACAGCAGCCCCCGUGCGCCGGAGGGGCUCCUGCCCGCUCAGCGGCCUGGCGGGACCGGGCACAGUCUGUGCGGCUGCAGGCGUGGCUGAGGGGGGCCAGGACAGGCGGACAGGUGGCCGAGGUGGGCGUCGGGGUCAGCGAGGACCGGGCCUCAGCUCUGAGUGAGGGGGCCCUGGGGGUGUGGACAGAAGCGGUCCGGCUCAGCCUUGUCCUUCAGACCCCCCGCUGCCGGAAGAAGGUGGAGACCAGCGGGGAGCGAGGCGGGGUCAGACAGACCAGGCCAACCUCGGUGACAGAAACCAGCCCAACCUCGGUGACAGAAACCAGCCCAACCUCUGAGCCCAAACGCAGCACAACCUCUGGUCCUACAAUGAGCACAAGCCCUGUUCUCAAAACUGAAACAACCCACUUCACACCAGUGACCAUCCCCUGCCAGCCACAGUGCAGGUGGACCAAGUGGUUCGACGUGGACUUCCCGUCCCCAGGGCCCCACGGAGGAGACGCGGACACCCUCGGCAACAUCGUCAGAAGGGGAGGGAAAAUCUGUCGCCGGCCCGAGUACAUCACGCGGCUGGAGUGCCGGGUCGAGAGCCACCCCGAGGUCAGCAUCGAGACGCUGGGCCAGGUGGUAGAGUGCAACGUCAGCAAGGACCUGAUGUGCCGGAACCGGGACCAGAGUGGCGAGGUCGGGAUGUGCAACUACGAGGUCCGCGUGCUGUGCUGUGAGCCCCCGGAGCACUGCCCUCAUACUUCUGUGGCGCCUUACGCGACUCCAUCCACCAAGCCCUCGUCCCCUCCAGAACCGACCUCCGUGGUGUCCACCACGACAUGUUACUGCAGUGUGUCUGACAAGUUCUACCGCGCAGGAUCCAUCAUUUACAACCGGACCGACCUCGACGGCCACUGCUAUUAUGCCACGUGCAGCCUGGACUGCCACGUGGUCAGGACGCACUACACCUGUGCCAGCGGCACGACACCUCCCGUCCCAACCACCUCCCCGGCCGGGUCCUCCCCUUCAGCCUCCGCGCCCGUCACCGCGAAGGGGUGCCCAAACGCGGUUCCCCCAAGAAGGAAAGGCGAGACCUGGGCCAUGCCCAACUGCUCUCAGGCCACCUGCGAGGGCAACGGCGUCAUCACCCUGCAGCCGCAGCCGUGCCCGCAGUUGCAGCGGCCGGUGUGCGCCAACGGCUACCCGCCCGUGAAGGUCGUCGACCCCGACAGCUGCUGCCCGCACUACCGGUGCCAGUGUGUGUGCAGCGGCUGGGGCGACCCCCACUACAUCACCUUCGACGGCACCUACUAUACGUUCCUGGACAACUGCACGUACGUGCUGGUGCAGCAGAUCCUACCCGUGUACGGCCACUUCCGCGUGCUCAUCGACAACUACUUCUGCGGGGCGGAGGACGGGCUCUCCUGCCCGCAGUCCAUCAUCGUCGAGUACCGGCAGGACCGCGUCGUGCUGACCCACAAGCCCGUGCUCGGGGUGAUGACCAACGAGAUGGGGAGGGUGGACCUCUGCUGCUGUCCCGGCACCCCUGAAUCCCUGCCCCCUGCCCACCUCGCUGUCCCUGGGAACAAAAGUGCUAUCCGAGCCAGGACACCCCAGCUGCCCACGACACCGCACAGCGUCCCCAGAGCUGGCUCGUUGACCCUGCUCUACCGCAAGCCGCCCGUGACGUCCCCGUCACUCGGUGCUGCCGUCCCCUGGGGACGCCUGGCUCCAGACCCGCAGGGCCCUGCCCUGCUCCUGGAGCACCACCUUCGGCCUCCCCUGCCCCCGGGGGCCCCCUAG